AUGGUUUACAGAGAAUCAGUCAGUUCUAGUAAACGAAUAGUUUUUGAUGCCAGCUCACAUGAAGAAGGUGAACUUUCCUUAAAUGACUGUUUAUACGCAGGACUUAGCCUAAAUCCCCUGAUAUUUUACAUGCUUAUAUUUUUUCGUUUGAAUGCUGCGGUGAUCUUAGCAGAUAUCGAAAAAGCGUUCCUUCAAAUAUCGUUGAAUGAGACAGAUCGAAAUGCAGUGAGAUUUCUUUUUCCAAGUUCGAACCCGGCCAUAAGUGAGCAAUAUGACAUAAAUAUUUUUAGAUUUUGCAGAGUUCUUUUUGGUGUCAACGCCAGUUCCUUCUUGCUUUCUGCCACUAUUAAGGAACAUAUCAAAAAAUAUCAAGAGUUGCAUCCCGCUACGACGAAUAUGCUCAAUGAAUGUCUAUAUGUCGACGACUUUAUAGGAGCUCUCGACGACGUGAAAUCUGCCUUUCAGAUGUCGGACGAAGCCAAGAAAAUUAUGGCAGAAGCAAGCAUGAAUCUGUGUAAAUGGAGUUCAAACAGCAAGGAACUGGUACAAUUAUGGAAAGAUUGCGGGUUCGAAACCCAUCCCAUUCAUUCGGAAGCCAAUCUUACAGCCAAUUUACACAAAGUUCUAGGACUGCCAUGGCAUGUGCAUGAAGACUACAUCUCUGUAGAUCUGAAAGACUUGCUUAAAUUCGAUGGAAAAGAAAGCAUUACUAAAAGAAUUGUUUUAAGAUCUAUCGGAAAACUGUUCGACAUAUUGGGUUUUCUUAGUCCGUACACAAUAAGACUCAAGUGUUUACUCCAAGACUUGUGGCUUAGAAAGUGUCCGUGGGAUACGGAACUUCCACCAGACAUUCGCCAACAAUUUAUUCAGUGGAGGUCUGAGUUGUCUGUCAUUUCGAAAUUACAAGUUCCUAGAAUGAUUCUAGACUCCAGUCUAGAUGAUGCCAAGGUACUUCAAAUUCAUGUAUUUUCGGAUGCCAGCCAAAGAGCAUAA